AUGAGUUCCAAGUCUACAGCUCCAACCUCCUCCCCGGCCGAAGACUCUGCCCACCGACGAGCCUCAGGCCGCGUUAGGAAACCGACCGCCAAAGCCCAGGCACUGGACGGCGGCAAAACCUACUCGCCGCCGCUCUCAGACACCAUCGUGGUUAGUUCACCCUCGGUUCCCAGGCACCGCCCUCAUCGUAGGGAGCCGUCAACCACUCCAGGGACCAUCACCGAGACUUCCCAGGAAGCUUCAUUGGAACCGCCAACCCCGGAGACUCCAGCUGUAGGCCGAGUCAAUGGGACCACGCCGCCGCCUAAAGCGGAAGACGGCCAGGAUGAGGUUGAGAUUGCCGCCACAAAGUCAUCGCCUCGCCGAGUGUCGCGACGGGAAAGGAAACCCACUGCCAAAGUAUUGUCGACCUCCCCAACGGCUCACAAACGCCCGGCGCCUCCUGCUGAUGCUCAGGAGGCUCCUCCUCGCAAGUCUGCGAGAAUCUCGUACAGUGGGGCCAAAGUCCCAUCAAAGCUCCGCUACUCUAUAUCAUCCUCACACAACGAACCCGACGAUGCCGAACAGGUCGACAUCAUCGACACUCCGCCCAGCAAAAAGUCCAAGGUUGUCGUCUUGAAAACCACGCCCACCAAAGCGGAUGAUGCGAGAGAGGCCGAGAUCCCGGAAACCCCGAUCCAGAGGAAGUCUAAAGUGGUGGUACUGAAGUCUAAGAGGCUGUCCGAAAUUCUCGAGCCCAGUCGACGCCGCAGAGUGGACGACUCUGGUUCCAAGGCACCUAGGAGAAGAUCAAGGCGUCACCCGAAGCCUGAUCAAGCCGCUUCGGCCAACACGGUGGUUGCACGGGACGAGCCCAGAGCGGAAGCGUCAUGUGGUCUGUCCUGUCUUCCUCCUUGGUCUCGACUUCUCGCCUUUGCCGAAAUCGCCAAACUGAUGCCGGAUUCGAAUGAUGAAGAAGAGGUCGUGCCUGGAGGCGCCCAAGACUGGCGCUCAUACACCAAGAACUGGUGCCAGUGCAACAACCUCCCGCCUCUUCCCACCCACCACCACCAGGUCAAUACCAACGAACUUGCACGAGCCCUUCUACCAAACACAGUCUCUCGAGGCACCAAACUGGACCCGAUUGAUCUGACCGAGCCCGCCGCGGCCGAGACGCAGCUGCUCUCGCAACCGGUCAAUACCAUUCUCCGAGCGACGGAUGCCGAGAAAUUGUCGAAACUCUUCACAAGCCCGACCAAUGUGGAUGCCACGCGAGGACGCUACGCUACUCCUGCAACAGGCAGCCUACGCACUGCGAGCGACUUUGGAACUCUAGCAAGCAAUGGAUCUGUACAACGACGGCUCGGCGUCAACGAAUAUGCAAAUGGUCUCUAUCAACAGCCGAUGCCCUCGUCCGAGCCGGCUAAGCGAACAUACGAGGAACGCCUCCGGGAUGACCACAAGGCAUUGACGGACAUUCGCAAGCGAGCAUCCGCCCAGGGAAUAGCAUGGAGUUUUAAUAUGACUUUCGAUGACAUUCAUGCCUUGCUGAUGGAGGUCGAAGAUCGCCAACAGGAGCAAGAAUGGCAUUAUCACCCACAGGCAGCAGGGCCCGAUCAUGGCAUGCACGGCCACGAGUAUCAAGUUGGAGAGAGCAAUGGCUCGCCCAGCGGAUUUGGCCUACUACUUCCGGCCCGAGCGACACCUACGGUUCAGCCGCCAACCAAGAGCACCCGGAAACGACAGAGAGACAGCUGGAUCAAUUACUCUUCUACCAACGGGACGCCCGAGAUCUCUCAAAGACUGGAGAGCCCAAACGCGGUCAGCUUCGUGGAGGACUACGAUCCGGCCACUUCUCAACCACGGCGGCUUUCUUCACCAAGCCGGCCGAAGAGUUCGCGGUUCCGAGUGGACCCCCGAGGAUUGCUGGGGGAGUCACCGGGCCCAGGGACCAUCAUCAACAUCGACGACCGCAAGAAUGGUGCGGGUAGAGCGUCGCGGCGGUCGCGAGGGUACUAG